AUGCUCACACUGAUGUCCUAUGACCGCUACGUGGCCAUCUGUCUGCCCCUGCACUAUGACGUCAUCAUGAACGUCAGAACCUGUGUCCAUGGGGUCGCCGGCGUCUGGGUCAGUGGGGCCAUCACUGCAGCCAUGCAUACGGCAGCUACUUUCUCCAUCCGCUUCUGUGGCCCCCGCAUCAUUCACCAGUUCUUCUGUGAUAUUCCCCAGAUCCUGAAACUCUCCUGCUCUAAUGACUAUAUCAGUGAGCUCGGUGUCACCGCCUUCAUGGCUUUCGUGGCAUUUCUUUGUGUUGUCUUUAUUGGAUUCUCCUACAUGCAGAUAUUUUCUUCUGUGCUGAGGAUGCCAUCUGCUGAGGGCAGAGCCAAGGCCUUUUCCACUUGCCUCCCCCACCUCGCUGUCGUCAUAUUGUUUCUUUCUACAGCUGCCUUUGAGUACUUCAAAUCUCACUCGAAUUCUCCAACUGUGUCAGACAUUCUGCUCACUAUUAUGUAUACAGUAGUUCCACCAACAUUCAAUCCAAUCAUCUACAGCCUGAGAAAUAAAGCCUUUAAGUCAGCCGCUAGAAAGGUUUUUAAGAGGAAUAAAGCAUAUCUGUGUUGA